AUGAACAACGACAUGGAUCAAUUGACAAACAUGGGAUGCGAUUGGCACGCCGCCAAUUAUCCCGCUUUCAACGAACUUGUAGGUCAACAUUUUUUAAUUCAUAAGAACACUUUAUUUUUCAGCCCUACGAACAGCGAGCGGUGAGUUGUCGGUUCGAUUUCGAAAAAAUCAAAUAUAUGCGGUUUCAUGCAGCAGAAAAAAGGUAUUUAGGCUAUGGGAUGCACGACGGCAACGCCGUUCUACGUUACCGUCUGGUUCAUCGUCCUGGUAAUCUUUUUGGUUUUGUCCGUUUGCGCAUCCGGAAUCGCCGCCUUCGCCUUCUUCUAUUGCAAUCGCAAGAGGAACGUGAUGGGAAUGGGAUCCGGAAGUCAUGGCAACCUCACCGUCGUCUAG